AUGCACCACGCUCCUCCUCCCUCCUCAUCGGGAGAUCUCCCUCUCGUUCAAGCUCCAGAAAACAAUACCUCCAUUAACUGGGUCCCCGCAUCCCUUGGAAAUCAACCCGUAUCCCGAAAAGAAGAGUAUUCCAAAGAAGCAGGAGGCAUCUGGGGUGAGGGAUGCAGCGCAGCGACAUCCCUCGCAGAUAAUCAAGACGAGAUAACGCUGCGCGCAUCACUGGCACGGCACUUCCGCACCAACAUAGACACCACACACACCGAUAUCGUUCUGAUCAUCUGUGGCUUCGUCAGUGGUCUCGUAGAUGGCCUAUCAUUCAACGCCUGGGGGAGUUUCGCCAGUAUGCAAACCGGAAACAGCGUCUUCAUAGCCCUAGGUGCCUCAGGCCAGCCCGCCUACCCAGCCUACCUCUGGGCUAAAUCCCUCAUCGCCCUCACGGUCUUCAUCGUCAGCAAUAUCCUCUUCAUCCACGUCUCGCGGGCCCUCGGUCCCCGCCGCCGCUCAACCCUAAUCCUAUCUUUCACUGUCCAAACCGCCGCACUCCUGACGGCAGCCAUACUCGUCCAGCUAGGGAUCAUCGACCCCAAACCUGAAGACCCUCGAGCCCCCAUCGAGUGGAUGCAAGUCCUCCCCAUCUCACUGCUGUCCUUCCAAGCAGGCGGACAAAUCGUAACGUCCCGGGUGCUGGGGAUCGAUGAGAUCCCGACGGUGGUGUUGACCACGCUGCUCUGCGAUCUGCUAGUAGAUCCCAAGUUGACUGCAAAGGCUAACCCGAAGCGCAAUAGAAGGGCUGGGGCCUUCCUGGCAUUGUUCCUGGGCGCCAUGACUGCUGGGGGGUUGUCGAAAGCUACAGAGAUGGCAGCUAGUUUAUGGUUUGCUUUUGGCUUGAAGUUUCUCAUUACAGUUGGGUGGUUUGUGUGGAAGGGGGAUGGGAGGAGAGAGGGAAAGAGAGAUAUUGAGGGUUGA